UCCAGAUUAGAAGUGACUAUCCCCACAUUGAUUGAAUUUCUAAUAUUGCCAUGUCCCCCUUCUUUUCACAGAGCUAAUAAGCCAAUUAAAGAGAUAGACUCAUGUUUGUUGUAGAGUUGGAAAAUGAAAAAAAAUACUUCAUUUAUUUAAGUUUUGUCUAAGAUAAUGGCCAAGAACGACGCCGAGAACCCCCUCCUCGACCGGUCGACACCCCUUGGCCCCACUCGCAGCAACGCCCUCACCAAACGCAAAAGCACCUGCCGAAAAAACUCCCCCUAUCUUGCCCAAACAUGCCCCACAUCCCCAAACGACGACAACAACAACAAUAACAUCAACAGCAACAACAGCCUCGACUUCAAGCUCGCCUCUAUUAUCCUACUCGCGUACGUGGGGUCCGGCGCCCUAUCCUUCUACCUCGUCCGCCACCACAUCAACGGAACCAAAACCGACCCCAUAAUCGACGCCAUAUACCUUUGCAUCGUCACCAUGACAACUGUCGGCUAUGGCGACCUCGUCCCCGAAAGCACCCUCGCCAAGUCCCUCGCGUGCGCCUUCGUCUUCACCGGCGUUGGCCUCAUCGGCCUCCUCCUCAGCAAGGCUGCCGACACCAUAGUCGAGAGCCAGGAGGUUUUCUUAGCUAAGGCCAUCCACAUGCGGGACCGGUGCACCCCGGCUGAGAUCUUGAGGGAGGUCGAGACCAAUAGGGUUAAGUACAAGUUUUUUACGGUUUUGUCCUCGCUCGUCAUGCUAGUGGCCGCUGGGAUGGCUUUCUUGUGCGCGGUUGAGGGUUUGGAUGCCUUCGAUGCGUUCUAUUGUGUUUGUGCCACGAUCACGACGCUCGGGUAUGGGGACGAGAGCUUCUCGACCGGCGGUGGCCGAUUGUUUGCUGCAGUCUGGAUUUUGGUGAGCACCGUUUGUUUGGCGCAGUUUUUUUACUGUGGGGCAGAGCUUUAUACCGAGAGGAGGAGGAAGUCGUUCGUCGAGUGGGUGCUGUCGAGGGAGCUCACGUCCACGGAUCUCGAGGCUUUUGGUGUUUGUUAAACAAACAUGUAACGGUUAAAGAGAGAUGAAAGGAGGAAAAGGGCCACGAGCUGGGUGGACCGGCCGGUUCGCUAAUUGUAGCUUUCGAGAGUUUGCUUCAAAACAGGAGAAAAAUCCCAUUCUCAUCUCCUCUCUUUGCGGUCAAUUCCUUGCAAGAAUGGACUCCUUCUCAUUUUCUGGAGCAGGAGUAUCGUGUUUGUUUGUUUAUUAUAAAUCUCUCCUAAUAAAGCUUACUAAACCCAUAACAACUCCCCUCUUAUGUGACUCCAUAAAACCCCCUUCCAUUUUUGUGUUAUUGUUGAGUGAAUUGCAGCUUCAAGCAAACCGAAAAAAGAAAAGAGAUAUCAAGAAUUUAAGGGAAGAGUUCAAGAAAAAUGCAGGGCUUUGAAGAGUUUUAUGGGGAAAAUGUUGCCUUUGUUUCUCAUACAGACCCUGUUGUGUUGGAGCUCAACAGGCUUCAAAACCAGCUUAAAGAGAAAGAGAGGGAACUGGGAAAAGCUCACAGUGAAAUCCGGGCACUAAGAGCAACUGAAGUCCUGAAGGAUAAGGCUUUAGAAGAGCUUGGAGGUGAAGUUAAAAGACUGGAUCAGAAGCUAAGUUUGACAGGAAACCACCUUGAAGAAAAGAAUCUGGAUAUCAAGAAGCUCACAGAUGAGAAGAAGGAAGCAUUGGCUGCACAAUAUGCAGCUGAAGCAACUCUUAGAAGGGUUUAUGCAACUCAAAAGGAUGAUGAUUCUGUUCCCAUUGAGUUAGUCAUUGCUCCUCUCGAGGCAGAACUUAAGAUGCAUAAAAAUGAGGUUGCAGCAUUACAGGAGGAUAAGAGGGCACUCGAGCGUCUUAUGAAAUCUAAAGAAGCUGCACUGCUUGAAGCUGAGAGAAUAUUGAGAAGUGCACUAGAAAGAGCACUUAUUGUAGAGGAGGUCCAAAAUCAAAACUUCGAACUUAGGAGACAAAUUGAGAUAUGCCAGGAGGAGCAUAAGAUACUGGAUAAGACAAAUAGGCAGAAGAUUUUAGAGGUCGAAAAACUUAGCCAAACUAUCAGAGAUCUUGAGGAGGCCAUACUUGCUGGUGGGGCCGCGGCCAACACUAUCCGCGAUUACAGACGGCAGAUCACGGAACUAAAUGAGGAGAAGAGGACCCUGGAAAGAGAACUAGCUAGAGUCAAGGUUUCUGCAAACAGGGUAGCCACCAUUGUAGCAAACGAGUGGAAGGAUGAUAAGGACAAAGUUAUGCCUGUCAAGCAAUGGCUAGAAGAGAGAAGGAUAUUACAGGCGGAGAUGCAGAAGUUAAAAGACAAAUUAGCCAUCUCAGAGAGAGCUGCCAAGGCAGAAUCACAAAUGAAGGACAAACUGAAGAUGAGGCUUAAGACACUUGAAGAAGGCUUGAAAUAUGUGCCUAAUUGCGCUAUCAAUGCUAAUGGGGCCCCCAUGAAUGGAAAAUCAAGCCACUUCUUUGGGAUCCUGUCAAGUAACUCGAGAACAAAAAAGAGAUCCACAUCACAUCCCAGGGCAUCCACCCUCUCCCGAAGCCCGAUGCAGAUGGCGGCUGAUGAAAAACAAAAUUCAAGCGAAAUUCUUAUCAAUGGUUUGAGAAAGAAAAAUACUACUGGAGAAAGUUUGAGGAAGAGCUUGUGGGCUUCCCGUAAUAAGGUGAUCGACAGCAGUGAGAAGGAAAAUGCAGAGAUGAACAAAAAUGCAAUAGUCGACAGUGAAAUGCAUAAGGGUGAGGAAGUCAGACAAUUUGCUGACACUAAAGAAACUAAUAAUAAAGGUUUAGAGAUGGCUGAUGUAGAAUGUGAAGAUAUGGUGUCGGGUUUCUUAUACGACAGGCUUCAGAAGGAAGUAUUAAACUUGAGGAAGGCCUGUGAGUUGAAAGAAAGCACUUUGAAUUCUAAAGAUGAAGAAAUCAAGUUGCUCAUGAAAAAGAUUGAAACACUGACAAGGGCCAUAGAAGUUGAGUCCAAGAAAAUGAAGCGAGAAGCAGCAAUAAGGGAGAAAGAUUCAUCUUUAAUAAAGCCGGACGGGAAGAUUCGAAGCACAAACUCGUCCAAAAGAAAGACAGAGAAAUCACUUGCUAAUAACAGCAGGGAAAUAACUGCAGCUUCGGAGCUGUGUAUUCAUGACUGA